CCCGGUUAGCUUCACGCAGAGCCCUUUAAGCUGAGCUGGCUGUCGGGCUGUUUUGGGCUUCUGUCGACGACUUUCUCUGAGUGGGAGCAGUCGCUGAGAACCAGGAAGAUUUUUUACUCGCCGCACUGAACCAGUCUGCUAUCCUCAUUUCACACCAGUCGAGUUUAAAAAACGGGAGUUUUAACUCUUUGAAAUCAACGCUGAAAUGGAUCCCGCCAGUCAAGAUAUCAACCUGAACUCUCCUAACAAGGGCCUUGUCGUGGAUAACUCCGACAGCCUGUCCGACGUGCCAGUGGAGGGAGCGGUGGGGAACGUGGGGAACGUAGCCAACCCGCUGCCACCCGGCCUCACAGAAGAGGAGGCUGAGGAGCUCCGCACAGAGCUCACCAAGGUGGAGGAGGAGAUCAACACCCUGCGUCAGGUUUUGUCAGCCAAAGAGAGACACGCCACAGAGCUGAAGAGGAAGCUCGGCCUCAGCCCGCUCAACGAACUCAAGCAGAACCUCACCAAGAGCUGGCAAGACGUCCAGACCUCCAACGCCUAUGUGAGAACCUCUGAGAAACUGGGCGAGUGGAAUAAGAGCGUGGCCAGCUUGGAUCUAUAUCUGUCUGCCUCAGCCACUUUGGAUGACAUUUCCCGCUCUGAAGUAUACAAGAAGACUCAGGAGACUCUUUCCCAGGCGGGACAGAAGACCAGCGCAGCUUUCACCACAGUGGGCACGGUGCUCAGCAAGAGACUUGGCGACAUGAGAGCUCUACCUUUCUCUAAUUCCUUUAGUAGCAACUAUUCCAUUCGCCACUCGAUAAGUAUGCCAGCCAUGAGGAACUCUGCAACCUUCAAGUCAUUUGAGGAUAAAGUGGGGAACCUGAAGUAUAAAGUCGUUGGGCCCAGAGGGAACGGAGAAACCGCCAGCUCCCCGACCGACACCACCCCGACUCAGGAGAACCCGCCUUUCUGAACGCACCCCCCUCCUCCUCCUCUUCCUCCUCGCUGCCACCUCUCCUCACGACCUGAGACUGUACUAUUAUCACCUCACAUCGCAAUGCCAGCCCGAUGACCUUCUGACCCUCCACCUCACCGACUCGCCGCCACUCUCUUUGCUCCAGAAGGUCUGUGUGUCUGCAGACGGGCGGAGGUGAAGGACUCGUGGGUUUUUGAGGUGGGACGAGCGUUCCCAUCGCUGCUGGUCCCGCGGUUCUUCUGCCUCGCUGUCGAGGAAAAGGAAAAUGUUUUUUUGAUGUCUAAACAUGAAUAAUUUACAGAUCAUGUUUCGUUAGACCCUGACCUUAGACUCUGUGUCUCCUGCAGGGAAUUCCUGUUUUACCUGGCUAAAAACGACUAAAAAAAGGCAUUAUUAAGAGGCUCUAAAUGAGGGAUUAAACUUGUUAUUGAGGGUUUGUUAAGGUGCAGCUGCAUCAAAACUCUGCAUGUGCAUUUUUACACCCCAAAAUCAGAGUUUAUCUGCAGGAUGAGGGUGGAGGAGCGUUUUACGGGUGGUUCUACUGCUACGUUUUCUUUUUUCUCACUUCUAUCAUGUUCUUUAAUCAUACAUUCUCACUGUGAGCACCACAGGCUGCACACCUUAAUUCACAGGCUCCACCUGCAGGUUAGUGGUUAGACUGGGCGGGGGGGGGGGGGCAUCUUCAGACCUUCUACUGCUACAUGCAUGUGCAUAUCUCAUCUCAGUUGUACCAUAAAAAACAUGCAAAGAUUUAAAGACGGACCCUACACCAGGAUGUAAAAACAGAAAAAAAUAAACCUUAAACCAUUUUGUAUUACAAACUAUUUUACACUGCUUUGCAUAAUGUUUUUACAUAACUUUUAUCGAUAUGUAUAAAUAUAUAUGAAUAAAUCUAUUGUCACUGAUGCUGCCGGAUGGUGGUGAUCAAGUUGGGAGUUUAAGAAAAAAAAAAGCAGGAGGAGGCGAAAAAAACACAAAAAAAUAAAACGCUGUGGGUCAGUUCCACAGACUGUCUCGUCUGUUUAAAGAAAUUCUGAGGUCCUGAAACUAAAAGUUUGUGGAACUGAUUCAUCAGCAAGCUGCAGGCAGGUGAGGAGAAACGUAAUCAGACUGGUAUUAUCUGACAGACUGGAUCUGAAGCUGCAAGUCAAACUAAAACCUCCAGAGGAAUAAAAAAAGAUUUGAAACCACUUUGACUGUUUCUCUUCACCUGGUGUGAUUGCUGUGGAGGACCGAAGCUGCCAAAAGUAAAAAUAAAAAACAAAAUAAAUAAAUGGCUUGAUAAAUGUUUAAUUUGCCAUAAAAAGUACUAAACUAAUAUUAAAAGUAAAUGUGCAUUAAUUAAAUAAACCCUAACCCUGUUGUAUUAAUUCUCCUAUUUAAAUUUCCCAUUUAUUUAUUUAGAUUACAGCCUUUUUUGCAUAAUGAUGAAAUGAAUACAGAAAAUAACACAAAAAUAAGUUUUGGGAAGAAAUGCAAAGGGAAAAUUCUACAUAAAUAAUUACAUUUAAAAUGAAUAAUUAAUAAAAGCAAAAAUGCAUUAAAAAGACAUUAAAAAGAAAUAAAUUAAAGGGAAACUUUAAUUUAAAAGAAUUGGGGAAAUUAAUACAGAUGCAAAAUAAAUAUUUAAAAGGCAAAUUUAAACAGAAAUAUUAGUUUCUGUCACAUUCUAUCAAUAAACUAAUGCCUAGUUGUAUUGUUAACAUUGUUGGCACAUUAAUUGUCAUUAUUUAGAGUUGUUUAUUUGUGUAUUUCAGCAGCGUUUGUCCUCUGCAGCUGCAGCUUCCUGUUGAUGCUGUGACGACGCUUUGCUGUGUAACCACCUGGUGAAUGUCAACGCUUCUCUAUCGGCCUUACUCACUUUAAUGCUUCACUUGUUGUUAUGAUUUAGCUGGUAGAAAAGAAGAAAUAGUUGUUUUCCUUUCCUUCAUGUUCUCUUGUUUUGUUGUUUAGACUUGUACAGACUGGUUGGAUUGAAGGACGGGGAUGUCGCGUGAUAGAUUUAGAGAACGCGUCAUUAAAAACAUCUCGCUGCCAACAAACCCCUUAAUGCACUCCUGCUAACACACACGCGCACACACACUCAAACUGCAUGAGGCCAAAUUAACACACUUUUUAUAACGACUCACUGUUGUUCUUAUCGUUGUUCACCUGUCGUGAUAAUUAUUAGAAGCUCUUUCAAACUAAAAGGCCUCAGAAACUGAAGGUGACCACGAACCUGAACGCACCGUCACUUUUCUGCUCAACAUGAAAAAUUAAAAGGUUGUUUACCUUUUUCCCUAAAGUUGAAGAUAGAAGAACAACUUUGUACAUAAGCCCAUUUGUGCCAGAAAGAAAAGAGGUUUAAAAUGAGCCUUGUGUUUAAAAAAAAAAAAAAAGUCCUGUAAGUUAUUAAAAUGAGAGACUUUCUCAAAAUGUCUUCUCUCAAAAUAACUGACUAUGGCAAAAAUUAUUAGAAACAUUUUCAAAAAUAAUUACAUAAUAUUGGAAAAUAAUGUGACCUUUUUUUAAAUUAUUAUACAACAUUGCAAAAAUAAUUAGAAUUAGCCAAAAUUAUGAAUAAAUAAUCAAGAGAACAUUUUUCAGAAUAAUUAAAUCGUUCUGCAAGAUAAUGACACUUUACAAUGUUGCAAUAGCAAAGUAAUAAAAAAACACAAAUAGUAACUAAGAAUCUCAAAAUAAUCAAUAUUGCAAAAAAUGGGAAAAUCUUUCAAAAUCACUUUUGCAAUAUUAAGAUAUUGUUUUGAAAAUAUUUCUAAUUAUUUUGCAAUAGUGAAUCAAGAGAACAUUUUCAUAAUAAUUAAAUCGUUCUGCACAAUAACUCCCAAAUAGUAACUAAGUAUGUCAAAAUAAUCCUUUAAUACAGCAAAAAAUAAUGAGAAAUAUUUUUAGAAAUAAUUACUUAAUAUCUCAAAUUGAGGAGAACCUUUUUGAAAGUGAACAGUUUUCUCAAAAUAAUGACUUACUGUUGCCAAAUAAUUAAAGUGCAAAAUGAUGAGAAACUUCUUCAGAAAAAGGACUUGGUGUCUCAACAUGAUAACAGACUUUUCUUAAAACAAUGUGUUAACAUUUUAAAAACAUGUUGCGAUAUGAAGUCAUGAUUUAAGAUCCUAAUCACUUUGGUGGAACAUCGUAUCCGCUGGUUUGACAUAUGUGACACUACUGUUUAUGAAACAUCACAGCAAACGUACUGAAAAUCUUUAGACACUGAAGCUGUUUCAAUGUUGCAAAAAAUGUUUUUUUUCGCCCAUUAAAACUCCGAAACGUUGCUCUUGCACCCUGCAUCGUCGCGUUUUCUGGAGGCAGUAUAGCUAAAAUCGUAAAAUAAUUAAAGCCAAAACUUUCCAGGAGUUGUCGACCAACAGAAAAGCAGAAAAUUAACAAAAAUGAUUUAAAAUCCGCUGGGCUUCAAAGAACAAAAACUGAAAACCAUCAGAAUCUGCUGCCAGUGUGUCAUCAUACGUGUAUUUUCUUGUUUUUGUUUUUGUUUUUGUUUGUGUUGAUCAUUUUGGUAGUUAAUAUAUUAUUCCUGUUAGGUGAAUUGUUGUUUUCUUUUGGCAUUUCUUUCUGUUAGCAGAGGUGGACUUUUAGAGAAGUUAAUGUACAAAAAAUAUUGCCAUCAAUUUAAGAAAAUAACAAAAACAAGAUGCCAAUAUUUAAAUGUCAAAUGUUACAAACGAAAUCUCUCUUUCUGCCUCUGAGACUUUCUGCUUCGCCUAGAUGCACACUACAAGAAAUGUACAACUUGUUUCAUUCAGAAUUAACUUGGAAAAAGUUUAUUUUUCUUGCUCAGAGGUGAUGCUUUUUGCAGGGCAUUGAUCUCACUCUGCACAAGAAAAAUAUAUGUCUAAAUUCUGGAUUUAAUGACUUGUUAAAGUGGACUUUUUCUAAAAGCUGCAGUCAGUUUAGAGGGAGACUAUAAAUAGAAGAAGGAUGUGAUGUAACUUUGUUUUUGGUGCUAAUGGGGAAGUGCAGCACACGACAGACUGGAGGACAGAAGAUACUUAUAGCUUUAUUUAGGUCCGGGCUUAGUUGAUGUAGAAUAUCAAAAGGGAUCAGAUUUGGAAGAUUAUGGUGAAUGAAUAAAGAAACAAAACAUUUUUUUUUUGGGUUUUGUUGUAUAUGUUUGGAUAUCAAUAAAGCAUUCCUUUAAAUGAA